AUGAAGAAGGUCAAUGGCUCUUUUGGUUUUUCAAUGAGUAUCGCCACCUGCUCGGUCUUAAUGUCGGAACUGUGGGCUUUUCACGACGCUCUCCAACAUGCCAAAAGCCUGGGUCUUCGGAAGAUAGAAAUUGAAAUGGACAACGGGGAAGCUAUCCGGGUGGUGCAAGGAAGGGUUGAUGUGGAUGAUUCUCCAAGCUCUCCUCUGUACGGUAUUCAAAAUCUGACUGUAGAAGAAAGAACAGAGAGAUGGAUCCACGUUUCAAAUGCUAGAGCCAAUUAUUUGAAUCUAAUUUCGAGUUCGGAUACAUCGAAACUUCCCGAUAAUAUUCGAAUACCAUUAUUACGAGAGAAUUUAUGGUAUGCCGCAGAGUUUACAAUAGGAAGCCAAGGGCACCGAGUGAAGUUGCUGAUGGACACCGGAGGUGGCUUAAUAUGGACGCAAUGCCAGCCUUGCCAGAAUUGUUUCCCCCAAAGGCUUCCGGUUUAUGAUCCUCGACUUUCUAACACUUAUGCUACACUCCCUUGUGAACAUCGUCUCUGCAAGACCCCGGGUAAAGACCUCGCUUGUAUCGACGGUGUAUGUCGCUACACCGUUAACUAUGGCGGUGGCACCUCCACUAAGGGCGUUUUAUCAACAGAAUCAUUCCACUUCUUGAUUGACAAAACUAAUAACGGGAUUUUAAUGCCGUGUUUGGUUGCUCUAACGAUAGCAGCCAAGUAUUUUUCCAGAACACUGAGAUUUCAGGUGUAUUUGGAGUAA